AUGUGGGAUUCGCUUCGCAUCGGGAAAAUGAAGCCACUGAGCUUAAGCGCUGAGCUUAAGCUGAAGAAAGAGCUUUGCAUGAGAUAUAGAUCCAAGAUUCCACUUGGAUAUACACGAAUAAGCAAUCCCACCAAUAUGGCAUCAAAACCAAUAAACAAGCAAGGAAAAUCGGUGCAUGGAGAUCUAUUGGUGCAAGAAUACAGAGGGAAUGACCUGCUAGCUGCGCAAGUCACGCAACUAUACACGUUUCAGCAGUCUUGUAUCUCAGCCAUCGGGACGUCGAACUUUGAAGGAGAUUAUGAUGGGCUUCAUAUAUCUGCGAGAGCGUAUGGCUGCCAUUUCCAGGCCCCUAUUGGAUAUAGGGAAAAACAAAUGCAGAUGGCAUAA